AUGGACCGAUUAAUUGCCAGGAUGGAAGAUCCCGGAAAGCGAUCACCUUCUCCGAUGGCAUCUAGUACAGAGGAACCUCUUACGUUGGUGGCCGGAAUGAACCCAUCAAUCAAUAGAGCCAAGAAAAAAAUUUUAAGAAGAGAAACUCAUACUCCAGAAAAUACUAGCUCAGAAGAGAGUUUGAAGCCAUCAGGUUCUGAGAUGGAAGAGCCAAAACCUGAGACAAUACCAAAAACCGUGGAAAUACCAACGAUUCGUGUCAAUAAUGAACCUAUAGAAGAUCAGCCUAAGUUAGUUAGGCAGCAAUCCCAACCAAAUCUAGUUGCCCUGGGUGCAAAGGCUAACGGUCAUAGAGAGAGCGCGACUUUACGAUCUGGGAAGCCAGAUUAUACAUCUGCAAAUACAGGAAUGUUUAGUGAUCAUAUAUUUAAUGAAAGUACAGCCGACGGUCUAAUACCGCGUCAAAAUGAACUGCCAUUUAUGGAUACUAAUACUGAUAAUCCGGUCAAAUUAACACCGUUUGCGCAAGCUCAGAAUGAAGCAGAAAGAUCUGGACGUCAUCAUCGCCGACAUCAUAGUGGUUCAAGCGAACUAAGUAGACGAAGUAGAGCAAGUACCUUAACAAAUGUUACUGACAAGAAAAGACUAGUUAACCAAUUUUUGGAGUCUGUUGAGGCUCCCUCAACCUUACAAUUAAGAUUUCCAGACUCCCUUGCAGCAAAACGACCAAAGCAAAUGUACAAUACCUCAAAUUUUUCAUCAACAGGACAUUCAACUCGAUCAUCAGACACACAUAUGACUACUGCUAAUUCUUUUCAAAGUCUUCUGUAUCAUGAUUUAGAAAAUCCAUCAAAGCCUUCAAGUGCUUCUCUAUAUAAAUCGGGCACCAACUCCAAAUCGACUAGCAGUUCCAUGUCGACGGGAUUAUUGUCUUCUGAGUCCUCAUCAUCAUCUUCCUCAUAUACUUCCUCCGAGUCAAGUACCAUGUCUUCUUCAUCUACUAAGAUUUCUAGUUCUUCAUUAGUUUCAGAUAAUAAUAUUGAAGAUGUAGGUAUGAGCACUGAUGAGGUUGAUGAUAACAAUACCUCAAGUUCAGGAGCAGGAAAUGGAACUGACCUUUCUUUAAGUUGUAAUGAAAUCGAUUAUUAUCAAAGACAUAUAGCUAUCCGAUUGAAGAAAUCUGAAGCUUUGAUGAAGGAAAACUUAAGGGACAUUAUAUUGAAAAGGGAGAAUGAUUUACAUAAUAACUUACAAAAUUUUGACACUUACUUGCACGAUUUAAAGAAACUGAAAUACCAAAUCAUCAGUUUACAGAAGUUGGUUAGAAAUGAUUAUUUGGUGAUACUGAAAGAAGAUUUUGAUGUUAAUAAUAAAAACUCGUUCGAAAAUCACCUAACAGAAAUCCUUAAUAAGAAUGUAACUAAGCUGCAAGAUUUGGAAAGAAGGAUGGAAUCAAGUGGUGAACGAUUAAACGAACAGAAGGAAACCAUGAAGCGAAUGGAGAAUUUGAUCAAUCUAGAAAAUUCUUUGAAACUGUCCCAAAAGAACGCCUCAUGGGUGUCUAAAAAUAAAGCCAUAGUAUACGAUCUCUCAGUUGUGUUUAUUCUUCUUCUUUCGGGCUAUCUCCUUCAAAAGUUGAUUUGGACGUGA